UUUUCAAAAUGAAAACACUUCUUACAUAAAUGCAUCAAUGCAAAUAAUGUUAUAGUAUAUUUAGAAUAUAUCAAACAAUCUGAGUGGGUUCAUUCUGCAUAACGAGUACUUUUACUUUUGAUACUUUAAGUACAUUUUGAUGCUGAUACUUUUGUACUUUUACUUCAGAAAGGUUUGAAUGCAGGACUUUUACUUGUAGUGGAGUCAUUUCACAGAGUAGUAUUAGUACUUUUACUUAAGUAAAGGAUCUGAAUACUUCUUAUUUGUACUUUACUUGAGUAUUUCCAUUUUAUGUUACUUUAUACUUCUACUUCACUACAUUUUGAGGCAAAUAUUGUACUUUUUACUCCACUAUAUUUAGCUGCCAGUUUUAGUUACUUUUCAGUUCAAGAUUUAACAUAAAAACAUAAUUAAUAUGAAAUGUUUGCUAACAUGUUUUAAAUUGAACAUCAUAAGAGUAUAUUAAGUAGUAAAAAUGAGCCCUACCUUGGGGAAAUUAAAGCGGUCUGUACAUAAAUGCAUCAAAAAUAAUAAUCCAACAAUAUAUUUUUAGAAUAUAUAAAACAAUCUGAGUGGGUCCAUUCUGCAUAACGAGUACUUUAACUUUUGAUACUUUACGUACAUUUUGAUGCUGAUACUUUUGUACUUUUACUUCAGAAAGGUUUGAAUGCAGGACUUUUACUUGCAGUGGAGUCAUUUCACAGAGUAUUAUUAGUACUUUUACUUAAGUAAAGGAUCUGAAUACUUCUUCCACCUCUGACCUUUCCCUGCAAGUCAAAGAGCAGUUUGAUGGAGCUGCUGUGUUUCUUUCUGUUCCCCUCACAGAGACCUACCUCUUUGCUUGCCUUGUGGAUUUCUUCUCCAACUGUGACACAUACACAAGGGGGAGAAUGCUUUCCUGUUUGGCUGGGGACCCCUCCAACAAGGGAAGGCUAUCCCAUUUAAAAGCAAACAAAAAAACAAAUGUCAUGUUUUUGAAAACCUUCUGUAAAGAUGUGGCCUGUCCGACGGCUGUGUACGUGUGUGUCUCUGCUCCUCUCCCCCAGCUGUGAAAGUGGCUUCAAAAAUGGCGACCUCUUCAUGUCCUACAAGAGCAUGUUCCAGGACGUCCGCGACGCCGUCGACUGGGUCCACUUCAAGGGCACUUUGAAGGAGAAGACGGUUGAGAACUUGGAGAAAUAUGUAGUGAAAGAUGGGAAGCUGCCUCUUCUUCUCAGCAGAAUGAAUGAAGUCGCCAAGGUUUUCUUGGCAACCAACAGUGACUACAAAUACACUGAAAAAAUCAUGACCUACCUGUUUGACUUCCCUCAUGGCCCGAAGCCUGGAACGUCCCACCGGCCCUGGAAGUCCUACUUUGAUCUGAUCCUGGUGGACGCCAGGAAGCCGCUGUUCUUCGGAGAGGGCACGGUGCUCCGACAGGUCGACACGACAACGGGCCGUUUGAAGAUAGGAACCUACACAGGACCUCUGCAGCACGGCAUCGUCUACUCUGGAGGUUCCUCAGACAUUGUGUGCGACCUGCUGGGGGCGAAGGGGAAGGACAUCGUCUACAUCGGGGACCACAUCUUUGGAGACAUCCUCAAGUCCAAGAAACGUCAAGGCUGGAGGACGUUCCUGGUCAUCCCGGAGCUGGCCCAGGAGCUGCACGUGUGGACCGACAAGAGCUCGUUAUUCGAGGAACUCCAAGGCCUGGACAUUUUCUUGGCAGAACUCUACAAACAUCUGGACAGCAGCAGUAACGAGAGGCCAGACAUCAGCACUAUCCAGAGAAGAGUCAAGAAAGUGACACACGACAUGGACAUGUGUUACGGCAUGAUGGGAAGCCUUUUCCGCAGCGGCUCCAGACAGACCUUGUUCGCCUCUCAAGUGAUGCGUUACGCCGACUUGUACGCAGCGUCCUUCAUCAACCUGCUCUACUACCCCUUCAGCUACCUCUUCAGAGCUGCACACGUACUGAUGCCCCACGAGUCGACGGUGGAACACGCUCACGUGGACAUCGACACCGAGUCGCCGCUCGCCACGCGCAACCGCACCCACUGCAACGACUGCAAGGACCUGGAGUGCAAACGCAACCAGCUGACCCGCUCCUUCAGCGAGAUCAAACCUCCCAACCUGUUCCCCCAGACUCCACAGGAGAUCACUCACUGCCACGAUGAAGAUGAUGAUGAGGAGGAGGAGGAAGAAGAAGAAGAAGAAGAAGAAGAGGAGGAGGAGGAGGAGGAGUAAUAAAAUAGACGCAGAGAAAAAAAGCCACGUUCCUGUUCCUCUCAUGUUUCCCAGUAGAGUCAGGUAGUAAUCUCUCUCAUAGUGAGGCAGGGGAGGAAAAACUCCAGUAUGUGUGUGUGUUUGUGUGCAUACAGUAUUUAUAUAUAUAUAUACACACACACACACACACACACACACACUGGAGGUUUUUGAGGAAAGACAAAGGACCAGUAGCGAGACAGAUCGUAUGACUGUCAGAAGACUGUAUGCAUGCUCGGUCCUCUAAAACCCAACUGUUCCUAGCUUCAUUAUAUAAGAAAAAUAUUUUAUGAUUUUUAAUUAAUUCAAUUUGAUUUCUGUAUUAUUUCCCCCCGUUAGACAGACAAAACGUCACAUACUUCAUUGUUUUAUACGCUGACUUUAAAGACCUGCUGGUGGACUUAACAGAUGCAGUCACAUUUACAUUUAAAUCCAUCAGAUGGGGUCAGAAAGCUGUAGUUUUAACCAGAACAGACUAGCCUUGCUAAUGCAGUAUGCACAUUAUAAUCAGACAGAAAACACUUUUCCGUUAAGGUUUGAAAAAAAAAAAAAAACAUGCACAUACUGUAUUAAAACAUUUUUUAUGCAACGUGGGAUCAACAUUCAGUUUUUCAUCUGUUUAGUUUCAUUUAGUCUCUUUUACUUUGUUCUAUCGUGUAUGUGAGGGUGUGUGUGUGUGUGUGUGUGUGUGUGUCAUUGUACUAAACUGAAGCACAGGAGCACCGAAGCACAAGUUCGCCGUCAAACAGAUGCAUUUUUCUUUUGUUUGAAGUUUGGUUGAGAGAGCAUGUUGUGGUACACGAGUGGCUCUUGAACUGAUAUUUUGUUACCAAGCAACAAUGAGGACGGAGUACUGUAAUAAUAACACAUUUUAUGCCAAUAGACUCUAUGACAACAAUGAACUACAGCAGCGUGUCUGGAAAUAGCUGUCAGGUGAAGCUAACAAGCAGUAUUGUUCCCACUGAGUUAUUUAGGAAGAUUAAACUAGAUCAGUGUAUUGGAAGAGGGUUUAAUUUGUGUGUGAAAGUGGCCUCAGUAUGCAAGGAUGGACAGUAUGAAGCUUCAUUCAGUUUGGCUACCUACUGCAGCUCUGUUUAUCUCUGGUUUUGGGGCUUUGUUGGGACUUUUUUUCUAUCUGCUGGCCCUGAAUUGUUGGCGACAGUGUGUACCGUUUUCUUCUGUUGGGCCUCUGAACACUGUGAAGUGACCAUUUCAUUUAAUUCUAGGGAUGUUUCUAGCUCUGUUACCAGUUUAGAACUGCUUGACUUUGCAUUCAAAUGACUAAAUAAGCAACAUUAUGUUAA